AUGGCACCGGCCGCUGCAUCCGGCGGCGUAGGCCCCUCGCGACGGCAAUGGGACAUUGCAGAGUACUCACAGCGCGCGCGUGAUCGCGAUCGGGAACGGCGCGAACAUGCAAUCGAGAACGAAGAGCGUCUGAAGCAAGGGAAACGUCCGCAAGGGAAACGUCGCGAUGAUUUGCCAAAACCCACGCAGACAAUGCAGGCACACCAAGACCUGGGCUUGGAAAAGAACCUGGGAAAGAGCGUGCUGGUGGAAAAUGCAGAAGGGAGUAGUGGGAACGGAACGGGGCAUGGAGCAGGCUUCUACUGCGAGGUAUGUCGCAAAAUGUGCAAGGACAGUGUAGCCUACUUGGACCACAUUAAUGGGCGCUCGCAUCUGCGGCGUAUUGGCCAAUCGACGCAGGUCGAGCGCGCGACGUUGGAGCAGGUACUUGCACGGAUAGAGCAUGUACGCGACGAGCUUGCACUGGGGCCCAAUGCCGAGCAGCGGUACGAUUUUGCCAAGCGACUGCAGGAAAUUGCCGCUGGACAACGUGCCGAGCACGAGGCAAAGCUUGCCGCACGGCGCGAGGCGCGCGCGCGCAAUAAGCACGACAAGGAAGCGCUCAAACACGACAAGGAAGAGAUACCUGCGCCGCAGGAUGCGGACGCGAUGAUGGCCGCCAUGGGGUUUGCCGCUUUUGGCUCGAGCAAGCCGUAA